GAAAAGAAAAAAACUUUAUCUUCGGAGUGUUCUAAUGUGUACUGUUUAGUGACGGACCUGUCGAUGUCGCGUCACUGGCCUGGCGGCGCUUAUUAUAGCGUGCGCGCGCGCCGCUGGCGUUUGUUUACCGCGGACUGUUGCGCACAGAGGAAGGCUUGCCAUACAGACGAUAUUACCCGCUACCAUGAUACGUAACCAGCAAGAAGACGCGCUGUCCAGCUCUCCCCCCGAUAAGCCGAAGCUGAUGGAAGGGGGCAACUACAUCCGCGAAGGCCGCGACUCCACCAAAUCCACCUGGUUGCUGUUCUCACCGAAGUCACCCGACAGCGCGGGCAACCUCGCCAAGUUCUUGACAAUCUUCUCCAACCACGGCGUCAACCUCAGUCACAUCGAGUCCCGCUCAUCCGUACGGAGGCCCGGCUAUGAGUUCAUGGUGGAGUGCGAACACGGUGCCGGCGAUUUCGGAGCUGCCCUCGAAGACCUGAAGGAGGACGUGGGAUACUUGAACAUUAUCUCUAGAAAUUACAAAGAUAACCGAUCGGCCGUUCCGUGGUUCCCUCGCCGUAUUCGAGACUUGGACAGGUUCGCUAACCAGAUCCUGUCGUAUGGCGCCGAGCUGGACUCGGACCACCCUGGGUUCACAGACGCUGAGUACCGCGCACGCCGCAAGUACUUCGCCGAUAUCGCCUACAACUACAAGCACGGCCAGCCGCUGCCACAUGUCAACUACACCAAAGAGGAAGUCGUCACCUGGGGCGUGGUGUUCAGGAAGCUAACGGAGCUGUACCCCACACAUGCCUGCAAAGAGCACAACCAUGUGUUCCCACUGCUCAUUGAGAACUGUGGCUACAGAGAAGACAAUAUUCCCCAGCUGGAAGAUGUUUCCAACUUCCUUAAAGACUGCACCGGAUUCACACUUCGCCCAGUGGCUGGUCUUCUAUCGUCGCGUGAUUUCCUCGCUGGGCUGGCGUUCCGCGUGUUCCACAGCACUCAGUACAUCAGGCACCACUCGCGGCCGCUAUACACGCCGGAGCCGGACGUAUGCCACGAGUUGCUGGGCCACGCGCCUCUAUUCGCCGACCCAGCGUUCGCGCAGUUUUCGCAGGAGAUAGGUCUCGCUUCACUGGGCGCCCCUGACGAUUACAUCGAAAAACUAGCCACGUGUUUCUGGUUCACCGUGGAAUACGGUCUUUGCCGACAAGAAGGCAAACUGAAGGCGUUUGGCGCUGGACUGCUCUCUUCCUUCGGUGAGCUGCAGUACUGCAUGACAGACAAGCCUCAACUGAAGGAAUUCGAUCCGGAAGUCACCGGCCUCACCAAGUACCCCAUUACGGAGUACCAGCCUGUUUACUUUGUCGCCAAUACCUUUGAGGACGCUAAAGACAAGAUGAUAAAAUUCGCCCACACCAUUCCACGAGAGUUCGGAGUGCGUUACAACCCAUAUACACAGAGUAUUGACAUCUUAGAUUCCUCCAAGCAGAUGAAGGAUCUUCUUCGGGAUGUGCACCAGGAAAUGGGUUUGCUCAUCAACACAAUGGAUAAACUAUAGGCUGGCCUGUAAAAUAAUGUCCAGUGAACAUAUUGAACGUAUAUUUCUUCAAGAAAAAAGAUAUACCUAAUGGCGAUAGGCACUUCCUUAAUAAAGUCUUAAGUUGCCUAUCUAAAGUUUUGUGAGAUUAGAAGACAAAGUGCCAUUUUUACUAUUCAUUCGAAAGAUAUCGCUAAUUUAAUCAAAAAGGAA